AUGGUUGUGAGCACAUCCCUCCCGUUGGAAGCCGUUCGUCGCCAACCGGGUGCCGCCGUCCAGGAGAUCGUGUCGGCCGAUCGCUGGCAUCACGUUCCAACAGCGGAGAAUCCAGCGGAUGCUGCCACCAGAGGCAUCACGCCCUGUGAACUCUCCAGUCUUCAGCUUUGGUGGAGGGGCCCCCCAUGGCUGACAGGUCCGACCGAGUCCUGGCCGAAGGAGGCGCAUGAAGACGUUGACAGCUGCGAGGAGCGCCGCUCGCACGCAGCCACGGUGGGCCACGGCACGAACGAAGAAAACGAACUUCUUACAAGAUUCUCCUCUCUCUCUAAACUAAUACGCGUUAGCGCGUUCUGUUUUAGGGUCCUCAGACGAGAGGCGCAGACAAGAACGACUCACCUCUCAGCCCAGGAACUGAACGACUGCCGAUUACGAUGGUUACGGAUCGUGCAACGGCAGGACUUUGCGGGCGAGCUCAAGGCCCUCACGCGCGAGGCUCCUUUAUCGAGGAAGUCUCCGUUGCGGGCACUGCGGCCAUUCCUCGGACCGGAUGGGUUGAUCCGAGUAGGCGGACGACUGGAGAACGCGUCACUGAACUACGAAGAGAAGCACCCAAUCGUCCUAACGAAAAGGAGUCAUCUCUCGCUGUUACUGGUGUGUGACGCGCACCAUUGUACGCUGCAUGGGGGACCUCAGCUGACACGGAGCGUCUUGGCCCGGCGGUACUGGGUCAUCCACGCCAAUACGCUCAUACGCGCCGUGAUCCACUGCUGCGUGCGGUGUGCGCGCUUCCGCACCACCGCGGCCCAGCAACAGAUGGGACAGCUGCCGGCCGAUCGGGUGCGGACCAUGCGCCCGUUCUUGUCCGCAGGAGUGGACUAUGCUAUGCCAAUCCAGCUACGCGCCUCGAAAGGGCGAGGGCACAAGUCCUACAAGGGCUACAUAUGCCUAUUUGUUUGUAUGGCCACUAGCACCUAG